AUGGGUGGCUUCCAAUCACAAGCUGCAUUGGCCGCAUCGGGAGAGAAACGUGCAAUUACCGAUUCGGCUUCUCGUUCUUCUGCCACUGACGGUGCCUCCACCUCAAAACGCUCUCGUCCGGAGCUGUCGUCUGCAGCCAUUGCAUCCGUCUCAACGGCCAAUUUGGAUGCUGAUGACCCUUGGGAGGAAGACUACACGGAGGACGCCGCCACCGACAGCAAGCCCGUGGAUCCUGAUCUUGAUAAGGAUGAAGAUGGCAAGGAAGAUGAGGAUGAUGAUGAUGACGAAGACGAGGAUGAGGAGGCCUUGUUGGCGGAGCUGGCAAAAAUUAAACGUGAAAGAGCGGAGGAGGCAGCACGCGUAGCAGCUGAGAGGAAAGCUAUGGAGGAGACAAUUCGAAUGGAAAAUAUCCUCAAGGGCAAUCCGCUGCUCAACGUGACAAAAACGACUGCAGAAUUCAAGGUAAAGCGACGUUGGGACGACGACGUGGUUUUCAAAAAUUGCGCCCGCGGAGAGGUCGAUCACACAAAACGUGGAUUUAUUAACGAUACCUUGCGCUCGGAGUUUCACAAAAAGUUUAUGAAGAAGUACAUCCAGUAG